UGCGAAGCUGAUCCACAGCAGAAACAAAGCAACACACUCCAGGGCGGCUGGUGUCUCCUCUUCACAAGCCAAGAGUCUUGGUGUACAGCGCGCGGCGAGCGAAGUUCGCUGACUAGCUGGCUCUCGGUCGGACCUUCGACUGCAAGAGCUGGUCGGAGGGAAAGGCUCCCACCUUGAGCUCAUUGGAGAGAAGAUGAAAAAAACCAUUGUUGGCUUGAAACAUGGCUUUGAACCCAGAACUCUCGCCUAUGACUUGCGCGCCCAAGAGAGAUGAGAAGCGAGCUCUUGCAAGGCAUCUUAGCUCCUCCAAGUUCCCUGAUUCCGACGCGAUCUUUCGCACGUUUUCGACGCUAUCGCAAUGGCGGCUUCACCAGAGGGCUUCUUGCAUAGCUACGAGGCGAAAACCACUCACCAUUGGAAUGCAGCGUUGGCCACUCACGCAGAGAUCAAAGAGUGCCAGCGCAACCGGAACCUCUCAGGCUUGAUGACGAUGCAUUCGGCGCCUGGUGAGGAAAGCCAACUAGAGAUCUUAGCCUUGAAGCCUGAGCCUUACAAGAGUGAUUGUGCAGAGAUCAUCCGCGGAUACGGGAAGGAAGCUGGAGCUUGUGUCUUGGAGUGUCAGAAAUUUGACUCCGUUGCCCAGGGGGAGUUGAACUUCGUGCUCGAGUCGGCCCUCCGGGAGGAUUAUCAAUGUGACGCCUUGACUCAUGCGUUGCGCAAUGAACUUAACACUGGAGCAAGUGCAGUGGAGGAAACGAAGGUUUCCUUUGCCAGUGUGCAAGGCAAAUCCUAUACACAGGCGCUCCUCCAGCAGUUCCCCGAAUCAGUGGUGAAUGACAUGACCGAUGAACAGAAGCGCGAGAAGUAUCCACAAAUGCAGAGGCAGUUGUAUGAACAGCAUGUGAAGGGAACCAAGUCUCAGGCCGCUUCGCUCUUGCAAAGAAGCACACUUCCCUCCAACCAUGUCAUCGUCCAGGAGAAGCAACACAAGGCAGAGGCUCUGCAGCUUGAGGCCAACCUAAUGACCUCCAGGCGUACGAUGGUCGAGGUAUUGCGUGCUGGCUUGGAGGAGCAACAGGCUGACGCCCGAGACAAGAAGCUCAGGUGCACCAACCUCCGCCGGGUCACUUGCCGGGAGGAAGCCACCAAACGUGAAGCACUGGAGGAGGCAGAGAAGGCGCAUAUGAGGGCAUGGAGAGAAUACCAAGAUGCUUACAUCCGGGAUGAGGCCGUGGUCAUCUUGGAGGCAGAUCUGUCAGCUGCGGACAAGGCUGUCACCGAAGCCCUGACAGCUGCUGAGUUGGCUUGCCAGGAGGUGAGCCCAAUCUUCCAGCGAUGCGAAGAGCAGGCUGCCCGUUGCACAGCGGCUGUAAGUGCCAACACUCAGGCGUUCCAUGCUCGCUUGCUCGUGAAAUCCAAGCCAACGGUGGAGGCAGCUUGGAAGAACACGGCCUUUGCAAGUGAGCUUGGCAAGUGUGCACUGGCUGCGAAGUACAAAGAGAUUGACCACUUGUACAAGGAGCAGCGGCGUUUCCAAGAACGAGCGCAAAGGCAAAAGCAGCCGGUCUUGAAGGCGGAGACUCUUGAGAAGGUGGAGCAGCUGGACCGGCAGAUCGGCCAGGCGCAGCGCGAGGUCUCCGAGCUCCAAGACUUGGUGGCGCGCGCCGAGGAGCAGUUCCAGUCCUUCCGAGUCUUGAACAGCGGGCUUGAUGAAGAAGACAUUCGCAAGUUUGCUCAGGAGAAAGCCGCAGCCUGCUAUGGUGAUGUUGAUCUCUUUGCCUCCGACGACAGUGACGAUGCCAGCACGGCGCCGCCCGGCAGUUCCUGUUCCGAGGCAAUUCAGCCACACGUGCAGGACCCGAUGGAAAAGUUGCGCAUCGAGAUGGAGGAGAAGUUCAAGAUUGAGAAGCAGCAGCUGGUCGCUGAAUUCCAGAUGGAAUGGCAGCAUAAGUUGCUGCAGAUGCGACAGGAGUGGCUUGCCGGCGGCACGUUUCGCCGAUUCGAUCGUAUGAGCCAGGGCGUACGUUCGUAGGAGAGAAUUCUGGGUCCCUACAGCAACAUUGAGGCUUUGGGUGCGAUUCAAUGGUGAUGGUGAAGAGCUCAAGAUGGGUCUAUAUUGGGUGAUGGCUGAAUUGUAGGAGCUGAAGGCUGAACUGCAACGUGAUUCGGAUGCAUGUUCGACCCAAUCCUGGGACAAAAUUGAGAAAGGAGACUAGAUCCUUGACACAUAACUUUGCUAUUUUCCUUAGCCACAGGAGCAGCUAGUAGCUACAAGAGCUAUGAGCAAAAGAACCGAAAGUUUUGGUGGCAGAACGUUCUGCUGAUAGAAUGUCAAGAACUGCUUCUGGCCAAGAACACCAUGAAU